GAAAACUAGUAAUUUCAAUUUUAGAAUGCCCACUGACAUCGCUACUUCGACGUUGGACAAAUCUUUUUGACACUCACAAUUUACCUAUUUGUCACUACUAUUUUAUGUUUAAUUUGUAUAAUUUAUUUUUAAUCGAAAUCUUUUAAAGCAACGUUCAAAGAUGGCAAGCGACAUAGAUAAAUGUAAUUUCGGGGACAGCGCGCGGAACAGCGCGUGCGUGACGGCCAGGAAGGGUUCGAACCACGUGUUUGAUGGAGCCGGCGAGAACGUACACUACUACAGCGACUCUGAUUCCGUGGCGUCCCGGAAGAGCAAGACGCGAUAUAUAAACUCCGCGAUAUACGUGGAGCAGGUGGAGGCGUCGCAGUCUGUAACCUCGCUGCUCUCGGGGCCUUCUUGUGUGGAUGUCACGCCUCACCCUCACAGCUCUUAUCGAAGCAACUCGACCCCCUUCCUUUCCGGGCGCGCGUCCUCCUCGUCCAGCAUCAAACGCAAGUCCUGCCGCCUCGAAGAGCUCGACCACCACCAGGACGACGAGACGCCGCGUGAGGACCGCACCUACAGGGAGGGGCAGGACACGUUCAGGCUCUCUGUGGCUUCGGUGUCCACCACAACUACGGCGAAAGAGGAGAGGGAGAGGAAUGAAGCAAAGAAGAGGCAGGUGUUUGAGCAGUGGCUGGCAAGGAAAGAAAAAGAGAAACGCGAGAAAGCCCGCCUCGAGAAGAUGAAGCGGCAGCCGGCGCCGACCACGACGACCGAGCAGCGCGAGGAGUCGUACCGGCGCUGGCUGGAGCGCAAGCGCACGCAGACGGAGCGCCGGAAAGCGCAGGAGAUCGUGCACAAGUUCAAGAACGCGGAGAGACAGGCGGAGGAGAGGAAUAUGCGCGAGAGAGCGAAGGAGGAGAAACUUGCCGAGUGGAUUAGGAGAAAAGAGGAGGACAUGAAACUAAUGAAGACCCGCGAAGAGCGCCGCGCGGCGCGCCUCGCCAUCGAGGAGAAGCGCAAGCGCGCCGAGGGCGAGCGCGCCUACCGGGACUGGCUGCGCACCAGCAGGAACAAGCCGCUGCCCGUGCCACUCAACCAGGGAGAGCUCAGUAUGCGAGGAUCAGUCUCCAAGAUGUAUAUCAACCCCAUCCCCUGGCAGUCGCCCACUUGACGAAUCCAGUUGUGCCGACAUAUCUAUAUCUAAUCAAAAGAUUCUAGCUUCUAUUGAUAACAAAUGUACUUUAUUUUAGAUUAAAUUUUGGAUUUUUAGACUAACAUUGUUGUACGUUCAGGAGCAAUGAGAAUUCGUUACGUUUUACACCUAUGUUGAUGCUUACGUGCUUUCAUUCGUUGAGGACGUUGAGCACCUAUCGUAGGAAUCAUCUAAUAGUAUCAACCGUAGAAGUAGCUAUGCGAAUUAGUCGUUCUAAAUCGUGUUCAUAAAGUGUUCAGUUCCUUUUGCACACCUUGUCCGUCUAACUACUUCUGCUUCCAACUUGCAAAUUCCCAUUUCAUUGCUCUUGAUUUUAUUUAUCAUCAGGGUUUAAAAAUAAUAAAAGCCUUUA